UUUUCAUGCAGGAAAAUACAAAUAAUUUAAACAUUUCUUUCUAUUAAUAUCACUAGCUAUCUUGUAUUAUUUUAAAUGUAUCACUCGUCCUAAUCGAUGAAUGUCCCCAUUCCAAAAUUUUAAUUGAAGAAAAUAAUACAAAUUGGGCUAACUAUAGCUAUAAUAAUGAAUCGAGGAUAGAACUAAUAUUAUAGUAUAAUAUAAUAAAAACCAAAUAAACCAAAUAAGUUUGUUCAAGUUAUACAAAUUAAUGGCAGGAAACGCAUUACCAAAUAAAAUGAUAAAUAGUUCGUUUACUAAACUCGAACAGUGAAAACUGGUGAAAACAUCAUACUAUUACGUGGUUCAAAAUUAUUAAGAAAAUGUGAUAGCAUUAUUAUCAUGGAAGUAAAUGGAGAAUGAUUGCGAUUUCAACAUUCUGCAUACACAUUUGGUAUAGAAUCACAUAUAUCGCAAAGUAAUAUAAAUGGAGCAUUAGUACCACCAGCUGCACUUUUAUCAAUACUUCAAAAAGGACUACAAUAUACAGAAGCAGAGAUAUCGAUAGGUGAAGAUGGCACAGAGCAAAGAAUGGUGGAAUCCUUAUCUCUUAUCGAUGCUGUUAUGCCAGAUGUUGUUGCAUCAAGGCAGAAUCAAAUUAAUCAGCAAAAACAACAGGUGAAAACGGAAGUGCAGGAUACAAAUGGAGAAGAAGUUGUUACCUCCAAUGAAGGUGUAAGCACAAAUGAGAGGGGAGGAGAUAGAACGGAAAUGGAGGUAGAUGAACAACAACAAGGUUCAGGUGGAGGUACUAAUGCUGGUUUGGUUGAAAUCCCAGCAAGUAAAGCUACAAAAUUACGUGGACAUGAAUCAGAAGUUUUUAUAUGUGCUUGGAAUCCAACGACUGAUCUUUUGGCAUCUGGAUCGGGAGAUAGCACGGCUCGUAUUUGGGAUAUGUCUGAUAACUCUCAAGCACCAAAUCAAUUAGUUCUUCGUCAUUGCAUACAGAAAGGUGGUACCGAAGUACCAAGCAACAAAGAUGUUACUUCGUUAGACUGGAAGUGUGAUGGUACUUUAUUAGCAACUGGAAGUUAUGAUGGUUAUGCACGAAUUUGGACAACAGAUGGUAGAUUAGCAUCUACAUUAGGUCAACAUAAAGGUCCGAUUUUCGCGUUAAAGUGGAAUAAACGUGGAAACUAUAUAUUAAGUGCAGGUGUUGAUAAAACAACAAUCAUAUGGGACGCGGAAAGUGGACAGUGUACCCAACAGUUCAGUUUUCAUUGUGCACCAGCAUUGGAUGUUGAUUGGCAAACAAAUACAUCAUUUGCUAGUUGUUCCACAGAUCAGUGUAUUCAUGUAUGCAAACUGAAUGUUGAUAAACCAAUCAAGAGCUUCCAAGGACAUACAAAUGAGGUUAAUGCUAUUAAAUGGGACCCUCAAGGCAAUUUGCUAGCUAGUUGUUCGGAUGACAUGAGUCUUAAAAUUUGGUCUAUGAAACAUGAUACAUGGGUACAUGAUCUUCAAGCUCAUAGCAAAGAAAUAUAUACAAUUAAAUGGUCACCAACUGGACCUGGAACUCAUAACCCAAACAUGAACUUAACUUUAGCUAGUGCAUCAUUUGACUCAACCGUAAGGUUAUGGGAUGUUGAAAGAGGUGCAUGUAUACAUACACUUACAAAACACACAGAGCCGGUGUAUAGCGUAGCGUUUAGUCCAGAUGGUAAAUUUCUUGCUAGUGGAAGUUUCGACAAAUGUGUUCAUAUUUGGUCCACUCAGAGUGGUCAGUUGGUGCACAGUUACAAAGGUACUGGGGGAAUUUUCGAAGUGUGUUGGAACAGUCGAGGGGAUAAAGUUGGUGCUUCUGCAUCCGAUGGCAGCGUGUUUGUUCUUGACCUACGUAAACUGUGAUCGCAAUUAAAUAAUAGAUUAUGUUUCGUUUCAAGAACUAAUCACGGUUCUGAGUUAUCCUCAGUUUUUUUACUAUGGUACAACUUUUUGCUAUCCAAAAUACUAGCCACGUUAUACAGUUCUCUCAGCAAUUUGUGUAUGCUGAAUAUUGUUUGAAAGAGCAUUAAUUAUUUAUGUACAGGACUGGAAUACGAGUCAAAAGAAUUUCAAUGAUAAAUGUAAAUUGAAAAAUGUU